AAUCUGUUAGUGUGAAUGAAGUACAGUGUAGAUAUGCGUGAGUGUGUGUGCUGUCUCUUCGAAAAAACCUUCACAGUGACUAUGUCGUCCACUUAAUUUAUUAUAUUCGCGAGUGCGGGAUGUUAAACAGCUGAUUUCUACAUGGUUUUUUAUCGUUUUGAAGACUUAAAACACUUGAUAUGGUUUCUUUAACAUCUCUUUUAUUUCAUGUACUCACUUUCUGUGUCAUUGUCCUCGUUGCCAUUUCGACAGUACGACCUGAACGACACUACAGUCGAACGGAGAACCAGCGCUAUGAUGGAUGGUUCAACAAUUUGGCUCAUCCAGAUUGGGGCUCUGUGGGGUCACACUUGAUAAGGAGAGCCCCAUCCGCCUACUCAGAUGGGGUUUACAUGCUGGCGGGCCAAAACCGCCCCAGUCCUCGCAAGCUAAGCCGCCUUUUCAUGCGAGGCAUCGACGGUUUGGGUUCCAUGAACAACCGCACGGCCCUUUUGGCCUUUUUCGGCCAAAUGGUGACCUCCGAGGUAGUGAUGGCCUCCGAGAGCGGCUGUCCCAUCGAAAUGCACCACAUCGAGAUUGAAAAGUGCGACGAUGUGUACGAUAAAGAGUGUCGCGGGGAUAAGUACAUCCCUUUCCAUAGGGCCGGAUAUGACAGGAAGACGGGCCAAAGCCCCAACAGCCCCCGCGAGCAGUUGAAUCAAGUGACGAGCUGGAUCGAUGGUAGUUUUAUUUAUAGUACCAGCGAGCCGUGGGUUAACGCAAUGCGAUCGUUUCGCAAUGGGACGUUUUUGACGGAUGCCACCGGCAAGAUGCCGGUGCGAAACUCGAUGAGAGUGCCACUUUUCAAUAACCCUGUGCCACAUGUCAUGAAAAUGUUAAGUACCGAAAGGCUGUUUUUGCUUGGUGAUCCCCGAACCAACCAAAACCCUGCUCUUCUAACCAUCAGCAUUUUAUUUUUUCGUUGGCACAACGUCGUCGCCGAGCGCGUCCAAAAAGACCACCCGGAUUGGUCCGACGAAGACGUCUUCCAACGAACGAGACGAAUCGUCGUCGCCACCGUCCAAAACAUUAUCGCUUACGAAUACAUCCCGGCAUUUCUAGGCCAACCACUCCCGGAAUAUUCCGGAUACAAACAAGACGUCCAUCCCGGAGUCACGCACGUGUUUCAAAGUGCGGCCUUCCGUUACGGCCAUUCCCUAAUCCCUCCCGGACUCUACCGGAGGGACGGCGAAUGCAACUUUGAAGAAUCUCCGAUGGGACUAAGGCUGUGUGCCACGUGGUGGGACUCUAAUGAUGUUUUGAUUAGUCAUUCCUUGGAGAAGCUUUUGAUGGGAAUGGCGUCUCAGUUGGCUGAAAGGGAGGACUCGGUUUUGUGUUCGGAUGUCAGGGAUAAAUUGUUCGGACCGAUGGAAUUCUCCAGGAGGGAUUUGGGGGCUUUGAAUAUAAUGCGUGGGAGGGACAACGGCCUUCCAGAUUACAACACAAUUCGGGCUUAUUACGGCUUGCCAAAAAUCGAAAAGUGGGCCGACAUCAACCCGAAAUUGUUCGAGGAAAAACCGGAAUUGUUACGAGCUCUUGUCUCUGCCUACUCCAAUAACAUAAACAACAUUGACGUUUACGUAGGAGGCAUGUUGGAGAGUUAUGGAGGACCUGGUGAACUCUUCACCACCGUCAUCAAAGAGCAAUUCGCCCGACUUCGAGAUUCGGAUAGAUUCUGGUUCGAGAAUGAGGACAAUGGGAUUUUUACUAGUGAAGAAAUUGCAAAUUUAAGAAAAGUCACGUUGUGGGAUGUUAUUGUAAAUAGUACGAAUAUCGCACCGAAUCAUAUACAAAAAAAUGUGUUUUUCUGGAUGAAUGGAGAUCCAUGUCCACAACCGAUGCAGUUGAAUACGUCGCUAAUGGAGCCGUGUAAAAUCUUAAAUGGAUACGAUUAUUUUGAGGGCAAUGAAUUAGUCUAUAUCUACGCGUGUGUUUUUCUGGCUUUCGUCCCAAUUCUAUGCGCUGGCGCCGGCUACGGCGUUGUCAAACUCCAAAACCGCCGUCGUCGACGUCUCAAAAUCAAACAAGAAGAAUUACGAAACAGCGUCGAAGGCAAACUCCCAGUGGACACAAUGAUCGUCCAAGAAUGGCUCCAUGCGAACCACAAACGCCUAGUCAAAAUCAAAUUCGGCCCUGAAAUAGCCAUACAUAUCAUCGGCCGUAAAGGCGAAAAACUCCGAACAGUCAAUUUCAAAAACACCGAAACUGUCUACGUGGAAAUUUCGGUCGAACUGACCAAUCAGAAAAAACCAAUGGUCCUAGUUCGCGUCCCACGUGACCAUGAUUUGGUCAUCGAACUUGACUCAAUCGGUUUGCGGAAAAAGUUUUUGACAAAAUUGGAACUAUUUUUGACUUCGAAUAAAAAAUCGCUAAUUAUCACCGAAGUAGUGCGUGAAAUCAUGUUGGCUAAAGCUGAAACGAGCGAGCGUCGCCAGAAAAAGCUGGAACACUUCUUCAGAGAGGCUUACGCCUUGACCUUCGGCCUAAGACCUGGGGAGCGUCGUCGCAGGUCCGACGCCAGCGUCGACGGCGAAGUGGUGACAGUCAUGAGGACUUCCCUUACAAAAAGCGAGUUCGCCAGUGCUCUCGGCAUGAAGCACGACGCCGUCUUCGUGAAGAAAAUGUUUAAUAUUGUGGACAAAGACGGAGAUGGCCGCAUCUCCUUCCAGGAGUUUCUCGACACCGUCGUCCUCUUUUCCCGCGGGAAAACCGACGAUAAGUUGAGGAUCAUCUUCGACAUGUGCGACAAUGAUGGAAAUGGGGUCAUCGAUAAAGAGGAGUUGUCGGAGAUGUUGAGGUCUUUGGUGGAGAUCGCGAGGACGACAAGUUUGAGUGAUGAUCAUGUGACCGAGUUGAUUGAGGGGAUGUUUCAGGAUGCGGGACUACAGCAUAAGCAUUUUUUGACUUAUAAUGAUUUUAAGGAGAUGAUGAAAGAGUAUAAAGGGGAGUUUGUAGCAAUUGGAUUGGAUUGCAAAGGAGCCAAACAGAAUUUUUUGGACACUUCGACCAAUGUGGCAAGAAUGACUAGUUUUCACAUUGAGCCGACCCUCGACUCUGAAAAAAAUUACCUCGAACUAAAAUGGAAUUCCCUCACGACAUUUUUGGAAGAAAACCGUCAAAACAUAUUCUAUUUAUUUAUUUUUUACGUGAUAACAAUCGCUCUGUUCGUCGAACGCUUCAUACACUAUUCAUUUAUGGCCGAACACACUGACUUGCGCCACAUAAUGGGUGUUGGAAUUGCGAUAACUCGCGGCUCCGCCGCUUCAUUAUCCUUCUGUUACAGCAUUUUGUUGCUAACAAUGUCCCGGAACCUUCUUACAAAACUGAAAGAAUUCUCCAUCCAACAAUACAUUCCUUUAGACACUCAUAUUCAAUUUCAUAAAAUCGCCGCUUGCACUGCUCUGUUUUUUUCACUGUUACACACUGUUGGCCACAUUGUUAACUUUUACCACGUCUCAACUCAACCGAUCGAAAAUCUCAGAUGUCUCACCAACGAGGUGAGAUUUCCCUCGGAUUAUAAACCAGGAAUCACAUUUUGGUUGUUCCAAACAAUAACAGGUCUUACAGGAGUCUUGUUGUUUGUGAUAAUGAGCAUAAUUAUAGUAUUCGCUCAUCCAACAAUAAGGAAAAAAGCCUACAACUUUUUUUGGGCCACACAUAAUCUUUACAUAAUCUUGUACAUUUUGUGUCUUAUUCAUGGCCUCGCCAGGCUGACUGGGGCCCCCAGAUUUUGGUUGUUCUUUAUCGGCCCUGGGACCAUUUACAUUCUAGAUAAAGUCGUGAGUCUACGCACCAAAUACAUUCCCUUAGAUGUGAUUGAAACCGAGUUGUUACCAUCCGAUGUGAUAAAAAUAAAGUUUUACAGACCACCGAAUUUGAAAUAUUUGUCUGGACAAUGGGUCCGUCUAGCUUGUACUGCCUUUAAAAGUCACGAAUUUCACUCGUUUACACUGACUUCAGCUCCUCAUGAAAACUUUUUGUCGUGUCAUAUUAAAGCUCAAGGUCCUUGGACGUGGAAAUUACGAAAUUACUUCGACCCCUCAAAUUACAACCCGGAAGACCAGCCGAAAAUCCUCCUCGAAGGACCGUUCGGUGGAGGCAACCAAGACUGGUACAAAUUUGAGGUUGCCGUCAUGGUCGGAGGAGGAAUCGGGGUAACCCCCUACGCCUCCAUCUUAAAUGAUUUAGUUUUCGGCACUUCGACAAACCGGUACUCGGGAGUCGCGUGCAAAAAAGUACAUUUUUGCUCACUUUUGACUCGAAUAACCGCCAAAUUUCAGGUUUACUUUUUAUGGAUUUGUCCCUCGCACAAACACUUUGAAUGGUUCAUUGACGUAUUGCGCGAUGUUGAGAAAAAAGAUGUCACCAAUGUCUUAGAGAUUCACAUUUUUAUUACGCAAUUCUUCCAUAAGUUUGAUUUGAGAACAACAAUGUUGUACAUUUGCGAAAAUCACUUCCAACGACUUUCGAAAACCUCGAUUUUUACCGGAUUGAAAGCCGUUAAUCAUUUUGGAAGACCGGAUAUGACUUCGUUUCUAAAAUUCGUUCAAAAGAGGCACAGCUAUGUGAGCAAAAUCGGGGUUUUCAGUUGCGGCCCGCGGCCCCUGACUAAGAGUGUCAUGUCGGCUUGCGAUGACGUCAACAAAGGCCGGAAAUUGCCCUACUUCAUCCACCAUUUCGAGAAUUUCGGCUAGAAAAUAUAACUUGUGAUGUUUAGUGCAAUUUGUACAUAAUCUAGUUGUGUGUUAGCUCAAUUUUCCUAUUUAUGAAUAAAAUUAUUGAA